AUGGACGGGUCACAGCGACCUGAGGCCAUGCGCUCCUCUCACUCUGCCUCACAAGACCCCACUGGGCCCAACCCCGGAGGUGCCUCGGAACGUGUACCAAAGGAGGACGUCAUGAUCACUCUGUCGCUCUCUCCCGAACCGCCGGCUCAUCCUCGGACCAGAUCCCCUUUGGCCCGAUCACAUCUGCGCUCGCGAUCACUGGUGGGAAUCCCCGGCAUGCCAUCGAUGACGCGCGCCUACUCCUCUCCAGGGCUGGACUCUCGAGGACGAUAUAUCUUCGUCAACGGCCGCGGGGUGCCCGCGCCGCAACCCACCAUCGACUACGCAAAGCGUUCCACGCCCUUGCAGAUGCGCAACGACGAUCACAUCGAGACCCGCCUGGGGUCGCUGAACAUCUCCGAGACCAUCUCUGAGAACGCCGCUCUCGAGACCCUGCCGCGGUCUCCGUCCUCAUCCUCGCCAGUCCUGAUGCCGCAGACUUUCCCGCGCAUCGGUCGCCUGCGUUCUACUUCACCCCUCCAUUUCCAGCAGCCCAUCAACAGUCCGCCGUCGAUCCAUACCUCACCCACCUUGGGCGGCCGAUACAACGAGUCCUACCCAAUUCAUUCAGCCUCCUCCACAUCCUCCGUACCUUCGACCCCGACCAGUCUCCGCUCUCGAAGCCCCAGUAUCUCGUCCUUGGAGACUAUUCCUGACAUUCCCGAUGCCGAGGCUGAAGCACUUGAAGAAGAGCGGAUCGCAGAGCUCAAGGCUGCAGCAGAUGCGGCCGACGCAGCAAGCACCGCCAGCCGACGACGUGGCGCAUCCGACAUCUCUACGCCCUCUAGUUCCUUCGGCACCGUCCGUGGUGGAGCCAGUGCGUAUGCUCCGCGAAGUGACAAGCGCAAACGAUGGAGUGUCUGUGGUGCCGAGCGCCGCCAGGACCUUGACCUAGAAACCAUCUGGGAAGACUGA